AUGGCCGCCUCUACGACAUCCAACAUAGCGUUCGGCAACGCAUACAAGAGCGUCCAAGCUAAUAAUAUCAACGGCUCUAUCCACAUUGGACUUGAGAACAUAUUCGACCGUCUCCCGCGCGCCGAAGAUGCGCCCUUCAACUCGUACGCUAAGCAGCACGAGCCUACAUGCCUCCCUGACACGCGCGUCGAUCUACUACAAGAGAUAUAUAGCUGGGCGGAUGGGCAAGACGAGCGGUGCAUCUUCUGGCUGAGCGGCCUGGCAGGCACAGGCAAGUCGACGAUCGCGCGGACGGUGGCGCGCAGCUACUACGACAAGCAGCGUCUGGCAGCCAGCUUCUUCUUCUCGCGCGGCGGCGGCGGCGACGUCGGCCACGCAGGUAGGUUCGUGACGAGCCUUGCGGUGCAGCUUGCGCGCAACGUGCCGGUAUUAAAGCGGUGCAUCAGCGACGCAGUUGUAGAGCGCGACAUUGCUAGCCAGUCUCUGCGUGACCAGUGGCAGCACCUUGUUCUCUGCCCGCUGUCGAAGCUGCACGAGCCAGAAGCAGGCAACAUCCGCAUUAUCGUGCAGCUGCUGGCUGAGGUGCGGUCGUCAUUGACAGGCGCCCGGCUGCGGGUGUUGCUGACAAGCAGGCUAGAGGUGCCGAUCCGGCACGGGUUUCAGACGAUAGCGGACUCGGAGCACAAGGACGUUAUCCUGCACAACAUCUCGCCGUCAAUCGUUGACCACGAUAUAGGGCUCUUUCUUGAGUACCACCUCAGGAUCAUCGCAGGAGAAUGUUGUCAGGCGGACGACUGGCCAGGUGUAGAGACUAUUAGACGGUUAGUGCAGAGUGCAUGCGGUUUGUUUAUCUGGGCUGCCACUGCAUGUCGCUUCGUUCGGGAAGGUGGACAAUUCGUUACUAGCCGACUGCGUGCUGUUCUUAAGGACAGCUCCUCUAUAGACAGCAGCUCGGCAAAUAACAGCUCAUGUAGCGACUCUGGCACAGACGAGCACUUCAAGAUUCUGCCCGAACAGCGGUUAGACAGCAUAUACCUUACAGUGCUUAGGAGCCCUGUUCGCAGAUACAGGAAGCAGGAAAGGAAGAGAUGGUACACGCUAAUUAGAGAGACACUUGGGGCGAUUGUGCUUCUACAAUCGCCGCUUUCUACUUCUUCACUAGCUCAGCUACUACAUGUCCCACAAGACCCAAACUGGCCAGUGCGAUUGCAUCACCCUUCGUUCCGCGCUUUCCCGGACAAAGAAGGUAACUCGAUACCAUAG